GCAAAGAAACUUCCUUGUGGCCAUAUAUUUCAUGCAUCAUGUCUACGAUCAUGGUUCCAACGUCAACAAACUUGCCCCACCUGUCGCAUGGAUAUAUUGCGACAGCCCCAGCCAGUUCCAGCCACCCCAGGUGUCCCUCCUCAGCAAGCACCUCCCCCAACACAACCACAGACUCCUCCACCACAGGUUCCGCAACAACCACAGCCUCAAGCUCAACAGCAAGUUCCCAAUCCAUUUGCUGGCAUGUUUGUGGGUAUGCCAGGCAUGCCAAUGCCAGUGGGCCUGCCCCCAUUCCCAUUUCCACCAGUACCAAUGCAACAAGCUCAACAACAACAGGCUCCUACUACUUCCUCUACCACAUCCACCACAACUGGCACAACUACAACUAGCUCUUCCUCAACUAGUUCUGGAACCACUGCACCAGCUGCAGCAACAGGUGGCAGCACCAACCAGACUGGAAGCACUAUGCCAGCAACACCAUUCAACAUGAUGCCUCCAUUUUUCCCACUUCUUCCAUUCAAGAGACUCCUUAGACAGAAACCAAUGUUAAUGAGACAGAUGACACCGGAAGAAGUCUUUAAAAAGGCCAUCUGUCGUAGUGCGGAGUCAUCACUUGAGAGUGAUGUCCGACUCCAACCUGAUGACGACGAUGACAAUACUGAUGUACCCUCUUCUCUGAGAUCAUCAAGCCAGAUGUAA